UGCCUAAACAUGGUUCUCGUUCUGUUGGGUAUUCUAAAGAAGAAGAUAGACUUCUAUGUCAAGUUUAUAUGAAAGUUUAUCAAAAUCCGAUCAAAGGUUUUUAUCAAACAGCCGAUCAGUUUUGGGAUCAUGUGGAAGAAGCUUUCAAGAAUGGGAAACCCAAAGCUUCGAGUGAACGUUCAAAAAAAUCUCUCCAAUGUCGAUUUCAAACAAUCGAGAGAGCAACAAAGAAACUACAUGCAUGCAUCAAACAAUGCGAAAACAAACAUUCAAAUGGUGUUUCAAAUGUUAAUAUUUGCAAUCAAGCUAAAGAAAUGUUAAUGGAAGAUCCAAAAUACAAAUCUGGUUGGAAAUUUGAUCAUGUGUGGAACAUUAUUAAGACUUCUGAAAAGUUUGAACAUGGUGUUACUUAUUCUAGAAAGCUAUCAGAUUCUUGCGGUUUCGAGUCUACAUAUUCAGAUUCAGAAAAUCCAACAACAAAUUCUGAGAUACAAGCAUCUCCAAGUGUAUCGUCAUUUUCAUUUAACUUAGGUGACAAAGAUGAUCUUAUUGGUGGAUCCUUAUCUCAACAACCAAUUGGUGGAUCCUUAUCUCAACAACCUAUUGGAGUAAAAAAAUCUUCACUGAAAAGAAGAAGCGAUGAUCGAACAUCGGCUAUAAUCAAGAUUUUAAAAGAAGGAAACAGACAACUUCUUGAACAUUUAAAGAAGACAAGUGCACACAUACAACAUUGCAUGGAGAUUCAAAGUAAGAAUUUUGCAUUAAAAAAAUUCAAGGAAGAAAAUAUUUUUUUACUUCAAGACUUGAAUUCCAUACAAGAUGCAAAUAUCCGUGCUUACGUUCAAAGUGAACAAAAAAGAAUAUUAAGAAAAAGGGUUGAUCAAAAAGAACCUUCUGCAUCCACUUCUAUAGAACAAUAAAUGCAUUUGGAAUCUAUCUACAAAAGAAUUAAGU